AUGGCUCAGGGAAAAAUGAAAGUUAAGAGCAAAUUGCCGAAAGGCGCUAAGACAAAGAAAACAAAAGGAAAAGCUGUUACGAAGAGAAAUAACGCGCCAGUUCCUAGCAAACUUAAAGCUAUAGAAAAGAAUAAAAUGAAGAAAAAUGUUACGAAGAUGGUGAAUGCUGCGGCAGAACAGCAGUUAAGGGCACUAGCUACAGAUACACCACAGCUGUCAGCAGCACAGCAAAGGGUUGCAUCUGCACCUACAGCCCCUGUGCCUUCUAAGUAG